AUGGCCGGAGGACUCGUCAAAUACCGCCAUCUCAGCCGCGACUCAGCACACCGCAAAGCCCUGCUCCGAAAUCUCGUCACCUCCCUCAUCAAGCACGAGUCCAUCCAAACCACCUGGCCCAAAGCGAAAGAAGCACAACGAUUAGCAGAGAAAUUAAUCACACUCGCAAAGAAGAACACGGAAGCGAGUCGGACACGAGCACAGAGUAUAUUCUUCACCCCCCACGACCUCCUCCCCAAACUCUUCGGCCCCCUCCGCGACCGCUACCUCACCCGCCCCGGCGGCUACACCCGCGUCCUCCGCAUCGAACCCACAAAAGAAGACCAAGCGCCCUCCGCGCUGCUCGAACUCGUCGACGGACCCAAAGACAUGCGCAUGGCGUUGACCGCGCGCACGAUCGCGAAUUUACGCGCCAAAGCAGAGGAGAGAGGGGAGGAGGAUGUCAGGAUCAAUGAUAUGACGCUGCAUAAUGUGAGGAAGGUGACGAGGUUUAGAGAGAAUGGAGAGGAGGAGUUGGAGGAGUUGGUCAAGCGGUUUGAGAGGUUGAAUGAUGAGGGGGAUGAGGGGGUGGAGGUUGUGAGGAAGAAGAGGGUUUAUCCGAAACAGGAGAGGAGUCGGUAG